AACGAUAUCAGUGGAUAUCCGAAUAUAUAGAUACUGUGCGCUCCGAUAUCUAGAUAUUAGAUUUUGUACCGAUAUAUAGAUAUUGUAUCUAUAUACGAUUUGUAUCGCGCAUGCCUACAAACUUAGUUGAUCAAUAAUAAAACGUGUAUUAAUAUUAUGUAGAAGACCAUUACUAUAUUCAACUAUAUAAUGCAUAUUAUUUUUCAAAUUUAAUACUGUCUUUUUUCAAAAAUGGAAGGCGCUUAUGGUGACAAGUUUUCAUUUAUCGGAGAAUGGUAUGAUAAUCAAGCCAGUCUCGUUCGCCGGUUCAAUGUAUUUUUCUACCCCACUGAUGAUACAAUAGAAAUGUAUGAUUUAAAAAACCGAAAAACUUUUCUUCGAAGAGUUAAAGUAAAUGGAGUAAAUUUAGACAACUUUUAUAUUGGAUCGACUCUCCAGAUUUUAGGAAGGUUGAUAAAAAUCGUUGAUUUCGCUUGUGAAGCUACAAGAACACAAUUGCACAAGGAUAUGCAAGUAACAUUUGCAAUGAUUAAGCCACUUCCAACUAAAAUGGCUGGUAAGAUCUUAACUCAUUUUUAUGAGCAAGGUUUGAAGAUAACUAAAAUGAAAAAAGCUCUCCUUACUGCUGAUGAUAUUAAUUUUCUAUAUAGAAAACUUGUUACAGAUCCAACAUUUGCAUUUCUUCUAGACUAUCUUACCGGACAGCAAGUAUAUGGUUUGGAAUUAGUAGGUAAAGAUUCUGUGUCGGCAUGUAUAAAAGUACUUGGUAAUCAAGAUCCAUUGAAAGCUGAACCAGGCACUAUAAGAGCUCUAUAUGGUACAGAUCCUGUAAGAAACUGUGCCCAUGUGUCAUCUAGCCCUGAGGAUGCACUAGAGGAUAUAGAUUAUUUUUUUCCACCACCAGCAUUACGAUCUGUCCGCCUUCGGUUAACAGCUACUCUGUCCAAUUGCACUCUAUGCAUUGUAAAACCACAUGCAAUUCGUGAAGGAAAGCUAGGAGCAGUAUUGGAAGUUAUUGAUGAUGGAGGGUUUAAUGUUACAGCAUUGAAUAUGUUAAUUGUGGAAAAUAUUAAUGCAGCUGAAUUUUAUGAAGUAUACAAAGGAAUAGUCCAAGAGUACAAGGGUAUGGUUGAGGAGUUAUCUAGUGGCCCUUGCGUUGCAAUGGAAAUUGUUGCCAAAGACAAAAAUGUCAAUACUGUAGUGGAAUUCAGGAAGUUAGUUGGUCCAUCAGAUCCGGAAAUUGCUAGAUUUUUACGUCCGCAUUCAUUAAGGGCGAAAUUUGGAAAGACAAAAGUGCAAAAUGCAAUACACUGCAGUGAUUUAGCUGAAGAUGGCUCAUUAGAAGUUGAGUAUUUCUUCAAAAUAUUGGAUCUUUAAAAGACAUCAGUCUUUACUGUUGAUAUUUGUGAUUAGGUUGCACAUUUUUUUACUUGUCAAGGUGUUUGGUAGAAUGUAUGUCUGGAAUCAAAUUGUAAUGUAAUACAGAAUACAGAAGAACUUUUAUAAAGAAGACAAAUCAAGCAUAAGCUAGACUGUUCAUUCUAAAAUAAAAAAUCUAGUGAUAUGUAUGUCAGUCUAAGGUCAUCAAACUAUAGGGUUUACAGAGGUAUAUUAUACAAUUUGUUUAGCAUUAGCAAAACACUAAAAAUGGAUAGUUAUGUAGAGAAACAUUGAUGGUAUUUAGUAAAAAAAUAAGAAUAUUUUAAUUUCAUAGCCAUUCUCGUAGAUUUUUUAUUGCACUUUUUAUUAAUAUUUGAGAUUCAAACCAACAAAAUGUAAUUUGCUAUGGAAAUGAAGACUGAGUUUUUAUUUUUCUACACAUAAUUUUUAUUUGCAUAAUAAAUAGCACUGUAAUUAUUUAUUUUUCACUAUUUAUUUUAUAUAACGUGCGUCCCUGUUUUUAAGUUUCAUAAGCGACUGUGUUAGCAGACUAAUAUAAUUAAGAGUAAGAUUUGUGUUUUUUUUUUGGAUACACAUAAAUCAUGUAUCUGAUUGCUCAUCAAUCAACUUUCAAAUUCAACUUUCAGAGUUUUAAGAUGGGUCACAAGCAUUUCAUAUAUAGCUCAUUAUUCGAGUAUGUUGAUUCGGAUGAUUGAUAUUUAGUCUAUGUAAGAUUGAUUUUAACUUGCGUUUAAAAUUCUUGGUUAAUGUCAUCUUCAGCCUUCAAUAGGUACGUUUGUAUAUGGCAGUGCGAUCUUGUGACAAAUAUGGACGUAUAAACAUGUCUUGAUUAUAGAUUGUUAAAAUUAUGCUAUAAAGAAUUAAAUAGCAAUAAUUAUUCUUUUCAACAAUAACGUGAUAAAGGUAGUUCACCUUUUCCAAAGGAAUGUCCAACUGACUGGAUUUUCUGUUGUCGCGUAGCAGAUACAGAUAAUGUACAAGUGUGAUUUUUAACAUACGUGCCCUACCCCUCAAUAACAAAGUUAAAUGAGAUUGGAUAAUGGAAUAAGAUCAGGUACCAUCGACAAUGGAGAGCAUCACUUGAUCACACUCAGUGAUUCAACUUCCAACAGUCUGCUACUAAGAUUUUUUUGCAGAAAAGUUACUAUUAAAUAUAAAUAACAUUCGAAAUUUUAACCGAAUGAUCUUUUGAUGUAUUAAAAUGAUUUAGCGGAUUU